UUGAACGUCCUCGUGUCAAUACGCAUCAGUGUUGGGACCAGCCCCCAUAAACCAGCCCCCGAGGCGUAGCUCCGGAGUCCCAGCAGCAAGUGCAGCUCGACACCGGCUCACAGUCACUUUGGGAGGUGGAGAGAGUCAGAAGCAUGUUUCAGUUUCUGUAGAGCUCAACUUUAAACCAAUCGGGUCUUCAAAGGGGAAAAGGAGGGUUUUAACAAAGAAAGAGAGGGUCUGUCCCAGUGCGGGGUGGUGUGUGUUUCCUCCCAGUGGUUUGUGGCUUUCUCCAAGCGCUGAAAGAUGAGUCUAAGCACCAGUGAGCUGGAGGACCUGUGGGAGUCAAUUGGGGACCUGAACUUCUCUGAAAACUUCACCAACAUAUCAAGAGUUGACAUAAUGGUGUGCACAUCGGCCUUUAACCGCAGCACUCUGCUGUACUCCAUGUGUGUCCUCUACACCUUCAUCUUCGUCGUCGGCCUGGCCGCUAACGCUCUGGUCCUCUGGGUGAACAUCCGCGCUCAAAGAGACUCCACUCCUCGCCACGAGACGCACUUGUACAUCGCUCAGCUGGCGCUGGCGGACCUGUGUGUGUGUGCCACUCUCCCCGUGUGGGUGAGCUCUCUGGCCCAGCACGGCCACUGGCCAUUUGGUGAAGUGGCGUGCAAGCUCACGCACCUGCUGUUCUCCGUCAACCUCUUUGGCAGCAUCUUCUUCCUGGCCUGCAUGAGCGUGGACCGCUACUUGAGUGUGGUGCAAAGAGGUGAGGAAGGAGUUGCGCGCAGGAAACUGAUCCGACUUGGUGCGUGCUUAGGGGUGUGGCUUCUGGCUCUGGUGGCGUCCAUACCGGACACCUACUUCAUGCGCACGGUCAAGUCGGCACACGGGGACGCGAUGAUGUGCAGACCUGAGUACCCAGAGGAGAGCCACCGUGAGUGGAUGGUAGGGGUGCAGCUGAGCUUCAUCCUGCUGGGUUUUGUUCUCCCCUUUCCAGUCAUCGCGGUGUUUUACGCCCUGCUGGCUCGAGCUUUCGCCCACUCCUCCUCAUCCUCAUCCUCCCCCGUGGAGAUGGAGCGCCACGUGAGCCGCAGGGUGAUCUUGGCCUACAUAGUGGUUUUCCUGGCCUGCUGGGGGCCCUACCAUGCUGUUCUCCUAGUGGAUGCUCUGUCUCAGCUGGGCCUGGUGCCUCUGACUUGUGGUCUGGAGAAUGUGCUCUACGUGACCAUACACCUCACCCAGUGCCUGUCCCUGCUCCACUGCUGCUUCAACCCCAUCCUCUACAACUUCAUCAACAGAAACUACCGCUACGACCUCAUGAAGGCCUUCAUUUUCAAAUACUCCACUCGGACGGGCUUGGCACGGCUCAUCGAGACCACCAACAUAUCAGACACAGAAUAUUCAGCUGUUGAGAACCCACCUCUGAUCUGAAAUCAGAAUGACUUAAAUGCAGUCCAAUAGUGUCGCAGUUCAGUCUCCCUUCACUGAAAUCUGCUUCAUAGAAAACUUGAAAACCGUAGCUGGUCAUCUUUGACGAACUGAUUCAAAGCAAUUCAUAAAAACAGCUGAUUCUGAAAUCAUUUACCCCUUGUAGAUUUGAAGCCAAAACCGUGACUGUAAAUUAUAUAAAAUAGUUCUUUUGUGUGUAAAAAUGUUCCGCGUCGUGUAUUUUAUUAGUAUUAGCAGGGUAAUUUCCUUGUAUCCAAUUAUGUUUCUAUUGCAUUGACAUUUUCUUGCAACUAUUGCGUUGCAAUACAAAAACCUUCGCACAUCGAUGUCUGUUCGUAUCGUACAACAUUACAUCAUCGAUUCAUAGCUGAGCCUCUGAUUGGCUCGUUGCUUUAGUCCUGCUGCCUCAUUUUCAAUCAACCUCAUUUUGCAUCAGCUGAAGCCUUAAGAUAAGCAGUUUUCAUUCAUAAACAUAUUUUUAUGCUUCAACUCAUUUGAGAAGAAAACAUUCUUAUUUCUGCAGCUUUUUUUUGUUUUGUUUAAUCUACCAAACUCCUGUUUCCUCACCAAAUCUGCAGGCUUCAACUGAGACUACUGAGAGAACAUAGAAGCACCUGACUUUUCUGAAACAUUUAUAUUAAAUAAUAAGUGCUAUGUGAGCGCUUUCUUUCAGUGACAGAGCUACACCACGGACAGCUCAGAUGUUAUGAGCUAAUCACGUGAAAGGAUUACUUUGUUCCUCUAAUGCAGGCAGCAGCUGCAGCGUUCAUCACCUGAGUGUGUUUGGGACCAAAUAAAGAAAUGAGUGCUUUAACUCAGUGACCCAAAGCUCAAAACCAAGAAAUGAUGUGUGUGUGUGAGUGUGCGUUUGUGUGAGUGUGUGUGCCGUCCUCCUUAUUCACUGUAUUACUUAAAAUGCUGAAAGGUUUCAUUGUAUCGUUUUUACGUUUUUAUAGAGAAACGAUUGUUUUAGAAGAGUUCAAAUGUCAAAAGAACGGCGUCUUUCCUUUGACAGAAUGUGCAACAUAUGUUUUGUUUUAUAAUAAAUACAGAGAAAAUG